AAGAGAGGGAUGGGGGUUUGAGAACGGAUGAACACCGGACCCGGUAGGCUAGGCUAUAUGCGCCAACAGUGUUAUCUCCGUUCCCCGGCCAUGCAGACGACGUGCUAGAGGAGAUGCGGUACAGAGGAGGCUGCUGAUGCUGAUGCUGCUGUCCGGUCAGCUGUUAUUUGUGUCUUGAGCAUCAUCAUCACCGUGACGGCCAGAGAGAUCAAGCACCGGAGCCACGGACACCGUACACCGGAGGAUACCGGAGGAUAACGGAGGAUGGAGUUCAAGCAGCUGGUGGAGGCCGCGGAGAAGUGGUGCUCCGGUAACCCGUUCGACCUCAUCUUCGCCGAGGAGGACGACGAGAGGCGGCUGGACUUUUACGCAGAGCCCGGCGUCUCCUUUUACGUGCUGUGUCCCGGCGGCACCGACAAUUUCCAUGUGUGGAGCGAGAGUGAGGACUGCCUUCCCUUCUUACAGUUGGCCCAGGACUACAUCUCCUCCUGCGGGAAGAAGACUCUGCUGGAGGUGCUGGAGAAGGUCUUCACGUCCUUCAGACCUCUGCUGGGUCUUCCAGACAUAGAUGAUGACACUUUUGAGCAUUACCAUGCCGACAUGGAGGGGGAACCCGGGGCGGACCACCAGCAGAUGGGGGUCAGCCAGCAGUGAUGAGCCCCGAGAAGACGCCUGCAGCUGGGGUGGAACUACCCAGAAACCCCAGGCCUCAACCCAUAGACCCAAACAUUUAACAAGUAGUCUAAACACUCCUACGGCACCCACAGGCCACACACAGACAUAGACACAGCCACACACACACACACACACACACACACGGGGUUCAACUUGCUAAAAAUGCACCACCAUGCUCUUGAAUGUCACAGUGGCUUUGCUUCCCAAACAGUGCACUCUGUUGCACACUGUUGACACUCAUACACACAUACACACACACACACACACACACACACGCACAGAACAAACAACUGGGCAGCCGGAGCAGUUGCCAUGUACAAUGCAAGUUUAUCAUAAUCAUUCACCAUCUGGUUAGUUAAAGUUAUACGGCACAGCAAUAGUCCCAACAGCCUCGGCUGGCUUUGUUAUGCAGCAGCACCGUCAGAUAGCACCACAUUAUGCACUUCUUUCCCCCUGUGGCUUCGGAGAUGAAUGUGGCAGAUAACCUAGUUUCCCUGCCUGUCUAUUGACGUAGAGGAGGCACAAGGAGCUAGAUGAAAGAAGAAUGUGUGAAAACUGCCUGCUUGUGGCUGUAUGUUUGAUGUGGAGGGCAAUUACAGAGGCAAUUUGCAAUGAUGCAGAUAAGGGAGGUGAGGAAUGAGGGAGUGCAAACAAUGCAAAGUGAUAUAAUUUUCCACUUGACAGAGGGAAAAGAAAGAGGGAAUCAACAUUUAAGCAUUUAUUUUUUACACUGACAGUGGUACGGCGGCUCUCGGAGGCCCGUGGCUAUCAUAUUGUGACCCAUUCCCACUGACACGGGGUACCAUAGUGAUGUACGGCACAUUCAAAAGCAUUUAACACCUUCCCUCCCCAUGUGGAAACAGCAAAGCAUCCGGUUUAGGGAUCGUUUCUUAUGGGUGUGCCGUAACAUUUCCCAGACUCAGCACACCUCACAGCGCACCACGCGACGUCACGAGGAAGUUUGGAUUCUGCGACUGCCACCAGUUAGGGUCCCAUAUUCUGCGUUUAUGACCAUCCCUGCUGGGGUGAUGCAUCAUCACAUGACACGCUGCUUCCUCUCUGCAUCCCGUAGUCUUCCUGGUUGUUCCCGCUAAGCUUCCUAGUCCUUUCGGUUAGACCCCACCCCCCCCUUCCCCUUUCCAGGCUGGACAGGCUGUCUGUCCUGUAGGCACUAAUCUCUGGUCAGAUGUGUGCAUGACAAACAGAUAUGGUGAGAAAAGCUGAUUCCCGCUGGCUUCAGAUCUGUCACGAUGGAUGGCUCUCUGCUCAGUCCAUUGGGAUGCGUUCCAACCUCUUUCACUCUCUUGUUGUGUGUGUGAGUGUGUGUGUUUUAACUUUUGCAUUCUUUUAGAGGUUUUCCCUGGAACUAUAAAUUUUAAUUGCUGUGUGCACACCCUGAUCCCUGAAUGAUAUCAUGGGGAGGAGCGACUAUAUUGUCAGCCAACCUUGCCUACCCUUUAUUUCUAAUCUUCCAGUGUUACACUGCGAUGCUUCAGGCCCCGGCGCCUUCAACCACUCAAUCCUGCAGCGACACACACAUGCAAGUCUGUUUCAGAGGUUUAUCUUUAGCCUGUUUACUUUGGCUUGCACAUGUUUGUCUUUUUAUUGCCUGUUUGAAUGUUUUCUCAUGCCUUGUGUUUUCUGUUUGUCCUCCUAUAUGUGUGGAAUUGUUCAAUAAACCGUAGAUCGCAAGAG